AUGCCGGAUGCACAACUUGCGCUCCCCUCUCAACCACGUGUUGACUUCGACCUUCUCAAAACAUGGACUGGAAGGUGCGAAGAGCACGGACAGUGUCUUCCAGACGAAGCGAGCGAAUUAGAAAGAUUCAAGGUGAUUGACUGCGAAACACGCACUGUGCAAAGGGCACCUGAGAAGUGCAGUUUCGUAGCUUUGAGUUACCUUUGGGGUCCGCAGGAAGAUUUCGCGCCGCAGCCUCUGCCUGCGGAACAAACAGGGACUAUAGAAGACGCAAUCACCGUGACCUUACGCCUUGGCUUCCGGUACCUCUGGAUCGAUAGGUACUGCAUCGAACAAACAAGCAUCAUGGACAGAACCCUGCAGAUCAAGCAAAUGGGGCAGAUAUACGCUUCUGCACACCUCACCAUUAUCGCAGCUGCAGGUACAGACCCGAGACACGGGCUCCCAGGCGUAAGCCAACCGAGGCAAGUCGACCAAGCGGUGACAGAACAGAUCGGACCAGUCACAUUGGUCCAGCUAAAGACAUCUGCUGCUAGCAAUUUCCAGCGCUCAAUGUGGGCCACGCGUGCAUGGACAUUUCAAGAAGGCAUUCUAUCCAAACGUCGGCUUGUCUUCACUGACGAAGCUGUGCUGUACAUGUGCCAGUCGGACUACCAUCAUGAUCUCGCUCCCGGUUACAGCUCAGGCGUGAAUUACGAGCUUGUUGCUCUGGCCGAGUUCAUUCAAUGCGCCCGAUUACCUCGCGAAUUUCGGUCUUCCGCCGGAUCUUCACGUUUCAAAGAAGCCCUAAGGUAUGUAACAGCGUACAGUCGCCGCAACAUGAGGAUGUCAUCUGAUGCCUUAAACGCUAUCAUUGGUAUCUUGAACUAUAUAUCGAACGACAGGAAGGAGCCAAUCUUCCACCUUUGGGGCGUGCCACUGGCGCCACUUACAGAUGUAGAGAACUACUUUGACACGACUGUCAAAAGGUACGGGGGCGGCACUCCCAAAGCCACGCCAAGGGAAGACUAUUUUGAAUUCGCGCUCAACUGGAUUCAUCCGAAGCCGGGCCGCCGAAGGGGUGGUUUUCCAAGCUGGUCGCCGCUUGGCUGGGAAGGACCCAUAGAAUAUCCUCUUCAGUACAUGGACAUCGUUAUUCCUAAGGAAUUCGACAUACGCAUACAUCCACUCAAAGAUGCCGAGUCUCGGCCGUACCUACGACAUGAGCUUAAACAUGGAGGCCAAAUCCAAUACGAAGGCAAGGACGCCAUCUCGACGAAAUUGGAGAUCAUCUCGGCGCUGGUGGCUCCUGUACAGCUUCUACUGGAAGACAACGGCGACGCUCGUAUCACACUGAAAGAUGGAACAACUCUAGAUCCUGAAUUUGAAACUUACUGGGAUGAGGACCUCGGAGGCAGGGACAGUAAUAUGAAGGCCGAGGAUACAGGCCGUGGCGAAGGGGAGCCUUGGCUCGUGUGGCAGAUUGGAUGCAAGACGGUCAGAAAGCGAAGAUAUCAUUAUGUGGUGUUGAGACUGGGCAACGAUGGCAUUUACGAAAGGGUAGGGUUCAUCAUUGCAUGGAAGGGAAGGUCAGAUGCAGGUCUCCUCGACGCAACCUGGGCAGACCCUAUUCCUUGUGAUCGGACUGAAAGUCUGUUUAUAGCAUAG